AUGCAUUCCGCAGAGCAGCAACACGAUGACUUGGUCGCUUCACCUCCUACUCAUACCACUCCCGUCCUCAGUCAAGAAGAUUCUCAUCCCGAAAUGUCUUCCUUGAACUCAAUUCCAUUCCAUCAAUCACUCCUUUCCAACAAAGCGUUGAAGAAUGAAAAUGAGGAUUAUCGACACAGCUUGAAAUAUCAAUCUGAGGCAAUUAAGCUAUUACGAAAGACCUACCCCGAUUCAAGUACGCUUCGAUCUCAUCAGGAUCAUAGAGAUGAUGAUUGGGCUACGAAUGAUCCUAAAGAUUAUGGAUUUUGUGAUGGAUGGGGAAUGUUUCACACAUUCCAGGAGAACAGAGGCAAUAUGGGGUGGGAUGAACUUGGCAAUUGCGAUAAUGUUAAUUCUAAGGAGAUCAUCAUCUACGAUGAUUCCAUACGAGAAAGAACCCAUGGGAAGGAGAACGCCCAUGAACGAUCUUUGGAAGAUGAUUCUGCAUCGAUAAAGGUAGAGAUGCUAAAACGCGAAAUGGAUAAUAUGAAAAUGAAAUCCAGAUUGCUUCAAAGGGAGAAGGAUGAAAAAUAUACGAAUAACCAAACAUCAUCAUUAGAAGGAGGAGUAUCGCCAGGAAAAGGAGAAGAAGAUGAUUUGGCAUUGAACUGCUUUGACGAUGAAGAUGACAAAGCAAAUGACAGCUCAAAAUUGGAAGAAGCGUUACUGAAAGAGAAAGAAGAUCACCUCCGAACUCUGUCUAAGAUCGAUAAAAUUGUAGGUCUGAAAGAACAGGAAAUCACAGGACUGGACGACAAACUCUCAGACCAACAAGGUUUAGUCGCUGAAAUGCUGGAUACGAAUGGAGCUCUUACGCAGAGAAUAUCCGAAUUGGAAAGGCGACUUGAAGAAGAUCACAGAUUAAGAAUGGAAGAAAGAUCCGAAGACGCUAAAAGGUUUGCAGAAGGACGAUUGACCGGUGAAGUGAGAGCAGGAGUGGCUGGUAAAACAAGUGAGGUCUUCGAUGAUGGAUUGACGGAUGUUUCUGAAGAUAAAAAGGGAUCCGAGCCGAAAUACUAUGGUUGGUAG